GAUAAAAAAGGUGUGUGUGUGAAGGUGGUCCCAGCCGACAGGAGGAUCUAUCAGCGACAGGUGCGACCGUCCUCCAUGUUGGCUAAAAGCAUCCUGGAAGGGUACCGCCCGGURCAGCCCGAUGCCUUCCUGCCAGCCAGCACGUCUCUUCCUCCUCCGCUCAGCGACCGCAUGAGGAAGAGGAGGGCCUUCGCCGACAAGGAGCUGGACUCCAUCAUGUUGGAGCGGGAGCUGCUGGAGAGCAGCCAGGCAGCCUCAGGUCCACUGCUGUUCCCCGGGGGUCUGGUCCACCACGCUGCCGAGUACAACUCCUACAAGACGGCCUUCUCCCCGGCAGCUCCGGUGGAGCCGCAGCCCAAAGAGCUCUGCAGCUUCCUGGCUCCGAGCCGUGUGGACCUGUACCCGUCCGGCCCGGCCAACGUGGAGCUGAUCUCGUCCAACGUCAGCGUGGCCACCACCUACCGCCACUACCCGCUGCAGCCGGCCCGAGGCGGCCUCGUCAUGUGGCCCCGCGGGCCCCCCAGCCUGGGGGACGCCCUGCUCUACCAGCAGUGCCUGUUCAACGCCACGGCCGUGCAGAACCUGAAGCCCGGCGCCAUCUGGGAGCCCAAAGCCYUGCCCGCCGAGAGCCAGCCUCCAGAGACGGAGACCUCCGCUGCCCUGGCUGCGAAAUUGGAGGGGUCCCGAGUGGCUGCCCUGCAGGACUCCUCAGACCUGCAGAGGCCUGACCCCAAACCCCCCAGUGUGUCCCAGGUGGGGCAGAAGGACAGCUCUGCCUUCUCUCCCCCCAGGAGGAGCUCAGGACAGUCGUCCUGCAGCAAACUGAGCCGAGACAAAGUGUCCUCCAAACUCAGCUCCUUCCACUCCCUGCUGCACAGCUCCCGGACUGACAGAGCCCCCCCAGGGUCCGCCUCAGACCUCACAGCCCCCUACUGCAAAGAGCUGCUCCAAGAGGCGGCCCGCAAGUUCAGGGAGGCCUCCACCAGGGACAGUCAGGGGUCAAAGGUCACAGACCGCUACAGCAAAGACUUCCUGAGCAAAGCUGGGAACAAGAUGGCGUCGGGCGAGUCGCUGUCCUUCUCUGUGGAGGCCAUCUUGAAACGCCCACCUCCUGCUGUGAGCCGGACCUUCCAGUCCUUCUGACCCUUCUCAUGUU